CAAACAACGAGUAGGUGUCAUUGUUUAAUAUUCUUCUUUUCGAUACGUUUCGUUUAGGUCUUAGAAAAAUGUGCUAAAGUAUUUUUGGUUAUCCGUAAGCAAUUCCCACUCGAAUCGCAACUAAAUUCGUUGAGACCACAGCCGUUGAGGUCAACAUAUAAAUUAAAGUAAUCUGUUUGUAGCGAAACAAAACCAUAACCAACAUCAUGGCCAGUGCACAAGUGCAUAGUUUUGAUUUCAAGGAGCAGGAUCAGCAUCAGCAGCUAGAGAAUCCAAAUCAGGAAGGUCUUCCACAGGAGAGCAAGAAUCAGGAGCUUAUCGAUGAGGAGCUAUACCAAGUGGAGUACAAACAUCCUCUGGAGCAUGUGUGGACUUUGUGGUACUUGGAGAACGAUCGCACCAAGCACUGGAAGGACAUGUUGAACGAGAUCACCCAGAUCGACAGUGUGGAGACCUUCUGGAGCUUGUACUAUACCAUCAAGACCCCAUCGGAGCUGAAGAUUGGAUGCGACUACUCCAUGUUCAAGAAGUGCAUAAAACCCAUGUGGGAGGAUGAGGCGAAUAUUAAAGGAGGUCGCUGGCUGGUUACAGUGGGCAAAAGUGCCAAGGUGGAACUGGAUCGCAUUUGGCUGGAUAUUCUCCUGAUGAUGGUGGGCCAGACCUUCGACUAUUCCGAUGAAAUCUGCGGCGCUGUUAUCAACAUACGAGCCAAGAGCAACAAGAUUUCCGUUUGGACCGCCAAUGGCAACAACGAAAUGGCCAUUCUCGAGAUUGGCCAGAAGCUAAAGAUGCUACUGCAUUUGCAAUCCCAUAAUCUGCAAUAUCAACUUCAUUCCGAUGCAAUGUGCAAAAUCAAUUCGGGCGUCAAAUCGGUUUACACUCUCUAAAAGGAGUCAUGAGGUCCUCUUCGUUAUCAUAUUUUUAUUUUUAUACACCAGAUUCGUAUGUGUGGAAAAUUAGAUUGGCUUAGUGUUUAUGAACGAUUACUUGGAAAUGCCUGAACAAAAUUGUUUGAGAAACUAAAUUAAAGAACGAAAUUUCUUACGCUUAA